ACCAAUCAGAGACGGAGCAGUUUCUUGUGCUUUAGACUCAAGGGGCGGGGCUUGUAACCUGGUAACGUGUCAAACACUGCUGAUAGGAUGGCAAUGCGGAAGAGCAACAACUCUGCAGUCACAUCAGCCGCUUUUCAAGACCACAUAAUAAAAAGCCUGUUGAGUGAAGAUUUUUCCGAUUUAUCGAGACGCAGCAGAAAGUCCAGAAAACCCCCAACGAGAGAGAAGCUGAAAGAUCUAGAAACAGAAUAUGUUCUUGAUCCUACUCCACCUACUUUAACUUUAGCUCAGAAAUUGGGUUUGGUGGCCUCCCCGAAAGAAAGACUGACAGAAGAAGAUUGGAUUGAGGUCAAGAAGAGGUCUUUACUACGGGAGGAAUCCGCUCAGCCAUGUACAAUAUGUAGGGAGGAGUUUGUGCUGCUGUCUUGCUCCCACGUUUUCCACAGAACAUGUCUGCAGGCCUUCGAGAGGUUUUCCGGGAGGAAGCGUUGCCCCAUAUGCAGAAGGGAGCAGUACGAAACACGGGUGAUACAUGAUGCUGCUCGGCUUUUUAGGCAUCAGUGUGCCAUCAGUUGCAGGAGCUGAAUGACAGCUUUGUCCGAUACUGUCACACCGACACGGAGGAUUUUCUGAGGGAUAUCGACCGCUCACUGUCAUCAAGCAGACAAGUGUUUCAGCAGCUGGAGAGAAAGCGAGCCUCCGAACCGCAGGAGAACAACUGGGACCAAAUAAAGACACAGGUUUUCCAGAGAGGCGUGUGGGACUGCCCCAUCUGUCUGACUGGACUGAAGGACACCAGCUUCCCAAGAACAUCUGGAUUCUCCCCCCAUCUCCACCUGCGACCCACGCUGCUCCUGUCCUGUUCCCACCUUUUCCACCAGCUUUGCUUGGAAGCUUUUGAGGCCUUCACAGCAGAGAGGAGACCGACAUGUCCACUGUGCAGGUCUCCAUACCACAAAAAGCUUAUUUAGGAUUUCAUCUGUAGACACAGAUUUACGACUAUUUUUUUUAAAUAACUUUCGUACCACAUUUUGAGAUUUUUCACAUUGUUUAAUCUGCUCCUGCAGAGUGGGGAUGGAAAGGAUACAGAUGUGUAUCAAAAGAUCGAUCUAGUUCUGAGAGUAACAGCAGAGUCGGUUAAAAACCACAGAUACAAACAAGAUUAUGUUGGUGAAAAAAGUCUAACAUUGAUUGGGAAGUAAAUAAUUAAUUUAUGUCAA